AUGGCUUCCGUAUACAAGACCCUGUCCGGCGCCGAGAAGGAGGAGAAGGAGACGGGCGAGAAGAGAAACAAGCAGCGUGUUCUUAUCCUGAGUUCAAGAGGUGUUACCUUCCGACACCGACAUCUGCUACAAGACUUGUACUCGUUGAUGCCUCACAGCCGGAAAGAGGCCAAACUCGACACCAAGACCAAGCUCUACCAACUCAACGAGCUAGCAGAACUUUACAACUGCAACAAUGUUCUCUUUUUCGAAGCCCGUAAGGGCAAGGAUCUCUACAUGUGGAUGUCCAAGCCACCAAACGGUCCUACUGUAAAGAUGCACAUGCAAAACUUGCACACCAUGGAAGAGCUCAACUUCAUCGGCAACUGUCUCAAAGGAUCGCGGCCAGUUCUUUCUUUUGAUGCUGCAUUCGACAAGCAAGCCCAUCUGCGCGUCAUCAAGGAGCUUUUUACCCAGAUAUUCGGCGUUCCCAAGACGAGCCGAAAAGUCAAGCCUUUCGUAGACCACGUGAUGGGCUUCACAAUCGCAGAUGGCAAGAUCUGGAUUCGCGUGUUCCAGAUCAAUGAAAGUGAACCUGGAAAGAAGAAGCCUGUCGAUGGCGAGGAGAUGGAUGUCGAUGACCUGCCCAAGAAGAAGAAGGGCGGUGAAUUCGACGUCAGCCUUGUCGAGAUCGGUCCCCGUUUUGUGCUUACUCCCAUCGUUAUCCAGGAGUCCAGCUUCGGAGGACCUAUCAUCUACGAGAACAAGGAGUUCGUUUCGCCCAACCAGAUCCGUUCCGACUUGAGGAAAUCAAAGGCUGGCAGGUUCAACAAGAGAACCGAUGCGCAGAGAGACACGCUGCUCAAGCACCAGGAUCUAGGACUUACGUCGCAUGGUGGACGCAGGAAGGAGAAGGAUCCACUCAGCGACAAUGUACUGUUCGCGUAA